AUGUAUCAGAACUCUUGUGGGGCAGCCGCCUCCGCGGGAGGCUGCGUUGGAUCCGACCGAGACUGCCACAGUUUGGUGCCCAGGGAACCCGCGGUCCCCGCAGUUGAACAUGAUUAUAGCGGAUUUGAUAUUGUUAAAGCCACACAGUAUGGAGCUUUUGCAAGAGUAAAGAGUUUAGUAGAAGCUGGUUACAAUGUAAAUCAACGUGAUAGCGAAACAGUAACUCUUCUUCAUUGGGCUGCUAUAAACAAUCGAAAAGAAAUUAUGAGAUAUUUCAUAGAUAAAGGGGCUGAAGUAGAUGCUGUUGGCGGUGAAUUAAGCGCUACACCUUUACAUUGGGCUACAAGACAGGGUCAUUUAGACGCGGCGGUUAUUUUAAUGAAUGCAGGUGCCGAUCCGACGCUUCGGGAUGCGGAAGGCGCUUCAUGUAUUCAUUUAGCAGCUCAAUUUGGACAUACAGCCCUUGUAGCAUAUUUUGUAGCGCGAGGUGUAAGUCCAGAUUUGGUGGAUCGUAGUGGGAUGACUCCUUUGAUGUGGUCGUGUUGGAAAGUUUGCAAUUUGGAUCCGACAAGACUGUUGUUAACUUUGGGGGCAAAUCCAAGUUUAACAGAUGCUAAUCAAGGAAAUACCGCUUUACAUUGGGCGAUUUUAACUAGAAAUACAACGGCAAUAUCAGCUUUAGUUCUUCAAGGACACGCUAACUUAAAUAUACCGAAUCAUCGGGGUGAUACCCCAUUAUCAUUGUUACAAACGCAAUUAGGGGCGCUUUGGUUAGGAGCGAAAGUUUCAGAAAAAGUUAAAGAGGGGAUAAGUACAAGUCGAUCUAGGAAUAUUUUAUUUAGGAUAGCAAAAGAUAAGAGAAUUAGAUGGUGGUGUAUGGUAGGAACUCCAUUCAUUGCUUUUUACACAGCCGGUGUAAUCCUCGGUGCGAACAUCAUAAUCCUGAUCAAAUUGUUCCUUCUCCUUUGCCUAUACCUAGUUCUAAACGCAGCCGGACAAGUAUUGUAUGACGACCGCCUUAUGUCCCUUUUACCGCUAAGCAUUUAUUUAGCGACAAAAGUCUGGUUCUACUUCACCUGGUUCAUUUACGUCUUGCCCAACGCGAGUCUCCUCCUCAAUCUCGUCUUCUUCACCAGCAGCGGUCUCCUAUGGUAUUGUUUUCUCAAAUCAUGGCUUGGAGAUGCCGGAGUUGUACCAACAUCACAAGAUUUACGAUUUCGAACGAUCAUGGAUUUAGCCGAAAGAAAAGGAAUUUCCGGCUUUGAACCGACCACUUUUUGUUCGACUUGUUUAGUUUUGAGACCCGUUCGUUCAAAACAUUGUUCGGUGUGUAAUUGUUGUAUCGCAAGGUUUGAUCAUCACUGUCCGUGGGUCGCGAAUUGUAUCGGAGCAAAAAAUCAUAAAUAUUUUAUGGGAUUCGUUGCGAGUUUGGUGAUAAUGUGCUCGCAAAUGAUGUAUGGAAUCAUGCUGUUUUGGAGGAGUCAAGAUUCUUGUCGCGUCGAUCAAGCUCCUAGUUAUUGGGCUGGAUUUUUAACUAUUGCGAGAUGUGAACCUUGGGUCGCAUGGGUUGGUGUCAACGCCCUUUUACAUUUUGGAUGGGUUUUAAUGUUGUUAAUAUGUCAAUUAUAUCAAAUUAUUUGUCUUGGAAUGACGACAAACGAACGAAUGAAUAGGGGUCGUUACAAUCAUUUUAUAACGAAUUCUGGUAAAAGUCCUUUUUCGAAAGGACCGAUAAUGAAUGCUGCUGAGUUUUUUGAGUGUAAUUGUUUUGGUAUGGUUAAGCCUCAAGUGAAAGAUUGGGUUACAAGUUUCGAUUUGGACAAAAACAUCGAACAUCAACCUCUUUUAAGGAAUAAAGAUAACUAUCAAUAUGUAUAAAAGCAAAAAGAAAUCGUUCUUAAGCUAAAAAAGAAAUUCUAAUUUUAUAUUUUUUGUACAGACAAUAAGAACUGAUUUUUUAACUUCUUUUCUUAUAAAUUAUAACAAUAAUUGUCAUUCCAUAUAAAUCAUAAGAAGCAGGUUAACUAAUUAAUUAAGUAGCAAUUUUUUUUAUUACUUUGCUUCAGAUUCAUUUUAUUUUUUCGUUCUAAUUGUAAU